GUUAAAACUGAUGUGAUCCUAAUUGGUCCGUUGAAGUAUUCGACGACGUUUUGAAAAUAUUUAAAAACGUUUUUUUAUUAAAAAUUUGGAAUAGCACAAAUAGUUACUGUGAAAUGGAAGUAACUGAUUGCAUUCAAGAUGAUUUAGAAUUGGUUGAAAGAGUUUUUUUAAAGAUUAUUUUUGCUGAAACUGAUGAGCAAUUUCAAACAUCACUUGGAACGUUUCUUCCUCCAGUACUUUUAAAGUUUGAUAAUGAAAGCUUACAAGUAAAAAACAAGCUUGUUGAAUUAUUAUCUCAUGUAAAUAAACGAUUGCACAGUCGCCCCAAGAUUUUACUUCCUACAGAAGUACUGAUUAAACAGUAUUUGAAUGAAUUUGUGGCAUUGACUGUCAAGAACUUCACAAUUAUUUAUGUAAAAAUGGGCUAUCUACGUGAAAAAAAAGAAUCUCAACUUGAUUUGUUACCUCAAAUGCUAUUGUGUUUGUCAGUAAACCAAGUAAAACACCAAACAAUGAUACUUCAAACCAUACUGUUGCAAUUGAGUUACUUUCCUUACCCUGAUGAUUUAAAUGAAAAGAAGAAGUUGCUUUACUUUGCAGAUAACAGCGAAGUUAGAAAAUAUAUGUUAGAAUAUUUCCAAGAUUUUUUAUUACUUCCUUACAAUUUUUAUCUUGAUUAUGGAAUCGACAAGGCUCCUCCACCAGCACUUAGUAAAGCAGCAUGUCUCAAAUUUAAAAUGGAUCCUUCUUUUUCUAAAGAAGAAAUUGAACUAGCAAAAAUUGGAAUAUUGAAGUUUUUAAGUCUUCAUGUAUUUCCUGAGUGUGAAGUCGUUAUUCCUCUUAUUGCUGGAUUAGGAGAUGCAAAACAAAGCAUCAUUGAGAAAGCAGAACAAGCUGUUAAAGCUAUAAGCCAUGAGGUUCUGGAAAAUUUGGAUGUAGUUACAAAAUUGAUGCAUAUGUUUCAAGGAACACCAUCACAAUUACAAAAUAAGGUUCCUGCUGAUGCAAUUAGAAUGCCCUCAAGUAUUCGUCAAAAAAAAAAGAUUUUUCCAUUUAUUUUAAAAUCAAAACUUUCUACUAAUUUCAAUCCAAUUAUCUGUUUGCAAAUAAUCUUUGAAUGCUUGUUCGGUAAUGAAUCAAACCUGAAAAUUAAGCAUUUCACAGUUGAUUUCAUAAAGCAUAUAUGCAUUCAUGGAAAUGAAAAAACAAUGGAAGUAUUGUCUGCUCUUCUAUACCAAGCACUCUCCAAAGUUUCUAUGAAUAAAAGCGAGGAAAAUCAACUUCGAUCAAAAGCAUUUUCAGCUUUUACUGCAUUGUCCAAACGCUCUCCAGUUACCUUCAGAAAUGAUAUAGAGUUUUUAAAAAAGUUGUUUAUAUUUUUAGAAGAGGAAGAACCUGAAAUUUGCAUUGCAGUACAAGAUGUUAUUUCUUCUAUUGCUUUAACUUACACUGGAUUAUCUGAGGUUAACUUGAAUAUUGUGCAAUCAUUGCUACUGAACAAUCUUAAAAAGACUCUACCCAGAUUGCGUCUAGCAUCAUUACAACUUGCAAAUGUCAUAUUUCCUAGUAAUCAUGCAAUAUCUAAGUACAUAUGCUUAUUAGCUCUUGAUGACAGCAUUGACAGUAUAAAAGAAGCAGCAUUGCAAGGCUUAAAAUUAGUAUCUCCUCUACCUUCUUAUUCAGAUAUAUGUACUUGUAUAUUUGAAAAGAUGAAAGAACGAAAAUUAAAAUAUGAAAUGAAUGUAUUUUCACCUACUGUUUAUCAAAAGAUAUUAUGGUACAUUCAAGAAUGUUUUCACUUUAAUGCAAAUAUAUCUGAUCAAGAUGAGCUUAAUGGGCUUACUUUAAAAAAAUCUAUUUUAUUUUUUAACACUUAUAUUGCUCAAUAUCAGUCAGAAGACUUACUUCAGUCGCCUGUAGGAUGGCAUUUGUCACUCAUUUUUGAUGCAUUAACAAAUUCAUCUGACACAAUGUUACAUUUUCAAGCUCUCACAAGCCUGAUUGAUCUUACUACUGCACUUCCACAUAAAAUUUCAUUGUUACUUGCUGACAAGCUUGAUAUGAUAGAGUUAUUUGCUAAAUCUAUGAGAGAGGAAGUUCGUCUACUGACCGCACACCUUAUAAGUGUUGUUGUUUGCACAAUGAACAAUGAUGUUGUAACAAACAAGCUUUCUCAUUUGGUGUUAUCUUUUCACAGCAAAAAUUUUGAAGAGAUGCAUAGUGCUAUCUUGAUUACAUCAUUAACAAUAUCGCGUUGCUAUUUGUACUUCAAGCAUAAAGAUCUAGGGAAACGCUUUAAUGAAUGUUAUAACAGCCCAGGCUUUCAAAAAAUUGUGCAGGAAACAAUAGAAAUCUUAUUUUUCAAGUUGAAUGAUGCAAAUAGAAAAACAAGUUCUGUAUGUUGUUUUGCAUUAGGUGAAAUUGCAAAAUACAACAAGCUACCUAUUCCAGAUAAUGAUGAAAAUAAAAUUAGUAAAGCGAAGAUUGUAGAUGAACUGAUCAAGAUUUUUCAAAAUGCCACUGAAAUUAAACUUAAAGAAACUGCUGCUAUAUCUCUUGGAAAUAUUUGUGUUGGAGAACCAGAUAUUUUUAACCGAAGCAAAAUUGAAGAUUUUUUGAUUGAAUCUUCUAAAAUGAAAGAAACAGAGAUUCAGUUUACAAUUGGGCAAGUUUUUUCUUGUGUUGCAGGAGGUAUAUUAUCAAAAUUAGCAAAAGAUAAGUAUGUCUUAGAUGAUGAAUUUCACAAUACACCAUUGCCAAAAACUGAAAGGAUGAUAGAACUAAUUCAAAGAAUAAAUAAUGAGUGCGUUCACAGUCACCUGGCUCAUGUGCGACGAGCUGCUGCAGUUUGGUUGUUAAGUAUUGUAAAAUUUGUUCCUGAUCAUGAGGGAAUAGAAAAAAGUAUUCUUGUGAUACAAGCUGCAUUUAUAAAUCUUUUAAAUGAUAGUGAGGAAGAAGUUCAAGAUAGUGCCUCUAGAGGUUUGGGUUUGAUUUAUGAUCAGAUCAAAAAAGAAAGUAGAGAAUUGCUUGUUUCUGCACUUGUUGAAACAUUACUUUCUGGAAAACAUUCAUCAACAAAGGUGGAAAAAGACUCUGAAAUUUUUAAAGCUGGAGUGUUAGGAAAAACACCUGAUGGUUCAAAUUUAUCAACAUAUAAAGAGUUAUGCUCACUUGCAACUUCGAUGAACAAACCUGAUUUAAUUUAUAAGUUUAUGAGUUUAGCAACCCAUAAUGCAAUGUGGAACUCUAAAAAGGGUGCAGCAUUUGGUUUUCUUAGCAUUGCUUCAAUCGCUGGAGAGGAGUUAAAAGUUUAUCUUCCUGAAAUUAUUCCAAAGUUGUAUAGGUAUCAAUAUGACCCAAAUCUGUCUGUUCAAAAAGCCAUGUCUAACAUUUGGUUAGCUUUAGUUCCAGACCAUAAAAAAACCGUUGAAAAGUAUGCUAAUGAAAUAUUUGAGGAUAUCUUGUCAAAUAUUACAAGCAAUUUAUGGCGAACACGACAGUCUUGUUGUUUUGCUCUAAAUGAUCUUGUACGUACAUGCCCUGCAGAAAAUCUUGUUACAAGAUUGCCCACUAUAUGGAAACUAUUGUUCAAAGUUAUGGAUGAUAUUAAGGAGUCAGUUCGUAGCUCUGCUGUAUCAUUCGGAAAGACAUUAAGUCGAAUUUCAAUUCAAUUUUGUGAUACUAAGUAUUCAAAAGUUGGAGAGAAAGCUGUCGAAGAAGUAUUACCAGUGCUGUUAGAUAUUGGUCUUUCUAGUCGAGUCGAAGAAAUUAAAACAUUAAGUAUGGAUACACUUGUUCAAAUCACUAAAAAUGCUGGUGCUUUGUUAAGACCUCAUGUAUCAAAAUUUAUAAUAUCGUUAUUAGAGUCUCUUAGUGCUUUGGAGCCUGAGUAUCUGAAUACAUUAAAUUUGCAACUUAGUCAAAAUCAAGAAGCUCAAGAAAAGCUUGAUAUUAUGCGUCUUUCUGCAUGCAAAACAUCUCCCAUGAUGGAAGCUGUUAAUUUUUGCUCACAAUAUGUAGAUGAAGUGGUUUUGAUUGAAUUAAUACCCAAACUUUGUGAUCUAUUAAAGACAGGGUUGGGUUUAGGAACUAAGGUUGGCUGUACAACCUUAAUUAAUUUGUUAAUUGUUCAAUGCAAUGUUUUACUAUCUCCUUAUGCUGGAAAACUUCUUGGAUCUCUGUUAAAUGGGUUGACAGAUUACAAUAUGGCUUUAAAAAAGGCUUAUGCUAACUCCAUCGGCCAUCUUGUUCAGUAUGCAAAAGAAGCAACUAUGUCAAAACUGUUAGAAAAAUUAAGAAAGUGGUACUUUGAGAAAGAAGAUACUUCAAUACAUUUGUCAUGUGCUUUAGCAUUAAAUGCUAUGUCAAAAUAUUCUUCAGAUGUUUUUUAUCAGUAUCACGGAGUUGUAUUACCACUAGUUUUUGUUGCAAGACAAAAUGGAAGCAGCGAUAAAUUGUCUCCAAUUGAAAAAGAUAUCCAGGAGAUGUGGGAAGAAAUAUGGAAUAAUAAUACAUCAGGAAAUAUCUCUGCAAUUAAGUUAUACAUAAAGGAGAUAUUUGAUGACAUAAAUCAGCUUCUUACAAGUCAAUCAUGGUUUCUCCGCACAAAAGCAGCUAAAUCGAUAAUUGCUAUUGCUGAAAACUUAGGUAGCUUUCUUUCUCAGCUGUAUUUGAAAAAAUUUAUUCACAUUCUUUUACAAUGUUUACACGGAAGAACAUGGCCUGGAAAAGAAUUCAUUUUAAAAGCAUUAUCAACACUAACUAUAAAGUGCAGAAAAGAAAUGAUUGACUCAAUAAGUGUAAAUGAGAUAUUAAACAAAAUGAUAAAAGAAUGUGAAAAAGAUAAUUUAAGUUAUAAACUUUCUGCAGUGGACUGUUUUACAUCUGUUGCAAAUGAAUGGCAGAUUGAUGUUUUUGAAGAGUUUAAACCAGUGCUAAAAACACUUUUUGAACAGAAAUUCCUUGAAAAUGAAGACAAUCAAGUUGAAAAGCAGGAUUUAUUACUCUGUGCUGGUUAUGAAUCAUUAGGAAGACUGUGGCCAUACCAAUCAACGUCACAAAAAAUACAUUUUAACUACACAGCUUCACUAUUUACAAAUCUAUUAAACAACUUGACAUGGAAAACACAGAAAGCUUUACUUAUUGCAUCUACUUCUUUUGUUGAAAGAACUAUUUGGAGUGAAGCAUGUCAUUGGUACAAUGAAGAUGAAACAAAUAUUGUGACAGCAUUUUUAAAUAUAUUUGUCACUGAAGUUUUUAAAUGUAUGAAAUCUACUGCUUAUUCAUCUGUAAAACUGCAAACUCUCAAGUUUUUUAACGAACUUUACUCUAGUGCUAAACCAUGCAAUGAACUAUAUAACGUGAUUAAACCUUUUGAAGAUGAGCUUAUUUCCAUUACAAUAUCUUGUAAAGAAAGCACCAAUUUUGACAUCACGAAUAAUUCUUUAGAAUUAUUAAAAUCGAUAUCUAGUGUAUCAACAGCUCACUUAAACAGUAGCAAAGAAAUUUAGUUCUGCAAAUUAUAGCAAAGAAAUUUCUGUAAUCUUCAGUUAAGGUUUUAUCUGAGCUUAAUGGACGAAUGUGUUUUAAUUAUUAACUUAAUGAAAACUUUUGGUAUUU